AUGGCUCCUAAGGAAACUACUGCUGGUAAAGCUCCCGCUAAGACUACCAAGGUCAAGUCUGCUGAUAGCAAGAAGAGAAAAAUCACUCGUCGUGAGACCUAUUCCUCCUACAUCUACAAGGUCUUGAAGCAAGUUCACCCUGAUACUGGUAUCUCCAACAAGGCCAUGUCCAUCUUGAACUCUUUCGUCAACGAUAUCUUUGAACGUAUCGCCUCUGAAGCCUCCAAGUUGGCUGCUUACAACAAGCGCUCCACCAUCUCAUCUCGUGAAAUUCAAACUGCUGUUCGUCUCAUUCUUCCUGGUGAACUUGCCAAGCACGCCGUCUCUGAGGGUACCAAGGCUGUUACCAAGUACACUAGCUCCAAAUAA